ACGCGGUCUUUGUUGGAAUAUUGACACUUCACAUCUCAUCUAAAAUGGUGGUCUCCAGGACGAGUCCUAGGGCUACCUUCCUCCCUCUGUCUUUAGUUCUUGUGGUGACCCUAGUGGGGAGGAUAGCUGCCACCGACAGCGACAAAAACAGAACGGUGUCAAGUAUAUUCCCAGAUUUGAGAGCACUAGCAACGUUAUUUUCGAAGACAGUUGAUGAGUUCCUUAACAAUACGCUGUCGAUGUUUAAGGACUUGCCUCCCAACUACAAGAACACGUCAACAGAGAUUCUAAACAAAAACGGCACCAACUAUUUGAAGAAUACCACUAUCAUAAAAGAGUCCACAAACGAAUCUUUUACCGGAAUGUUCAUGCAAAAAUCACAAAAGAUGGAAAAUGGGACGUCUAUCACGUAGGCACUUCAAGCAAGAAAACGAUCGUAAUUGCUAAAAGAGGCUAAAAUGUAAUCAUAAUGUAACGCUCAAAAUGACAGCAAUAAACAUCUUUGAAUAUACUAAAGUA